CUUGUGGUGAAUCACGCACAACAGAAAAUUCUCAUGGUGUACGCUUUUCACCCUUAACGUUAAUAUUAGAUAUCUUAUGUAAUUCCGUGACUGAUUUGGAAGAAGUUCGGCAGCAUCCAAGUUGGUUUUGGAUAUACUGGGAUGUGAUCGCUGAGCAAGUCAUGUGCGGGCAUUUUUGGAUGUGUAGUGAUGAAGAGUUAUACCCUUUAGUUCUACUUUAA